CAUCUAUACUCUCUUCUAUACCAUGGCGCCUUUCUUAUUCGACUCGCUUGCCGACUCGCCGCCGCCGUCGCGUGCUGCGUCUCCUGUCGUCGCGUCUCCUGCUCAGGAACCUGAGCCGAUCGAAACCGAGGCCGACGUUCUUCGUCGCGAAUGGACCGCGCUUCGCGAAGUCUUGGACACGCUCGUUCGCGUAAUGCCGGAUGAUAAAGAGGAGUUGAUGGAGGAUCAGGAGACCUGGAUGCGAAGUUGGAAUGGGUUUAUGACUCGUGUUAUGGCUGCCGGCGACACUGCCCGGCAUUUGCAGGUCGAGCUCGAUCUCGACGAUGAGGAGCACGUCUUGAUGACGGCUGGCCGCAAGGCCUACAAGAAUUUCGAAGGCGCGAUCCGCCUUAUCAAGGAGAAGGCCGCUGCUCAAGCGGAAGAAGUUGUGACUGCGCGGCCUCCUGCCGCGCAGAAGAAGAAGAUGGAGGUGUUGGUUCCGUCCUCCAAGAAGGCGGGUGCACAGACUGAUAUGGGUGCUCCGUUGCCUACCGAGCGCAUGACUGGUCGGGCGCCUUUGGGAGAGAAGUGUGAGCGGUGCACCAAGUUGGGUAGGGAGUGUGAUGGCAGCCCCGGCGUGCGCUGUGAUACUUGCGCGAAGGCGCACCAGCAAUGCUCUUUCAAGAGAGGAGCUGCAAGGGCGCCCCCUAAGCGUCGCGUUCAGAAGGCUGCACCCGCGUCCUCGCGUGCGCCUACCGCAGAGUCUGGUCCUCGCACCGCGUCUUCGCGUCAGGAGGUGAUGGAGCUUGAUAGCGGGAAUGAGUUGGGGUUGGAGUCCGAGGAGAUGUCAGUUCCUGAGCCCGUUCCUGCUCCGGGCCUCUCUGCCUUGCCUGCUAGGCCGACCAGGGCUAUCAACCCUAUCCUUUCCGGCCCUAAGAAGCGUCGCGCGGAGGAGUCCUUGGAUCGAUAUGAGGAAGGUGGGGAGUUGGAGCGUCUGCGCUCUGAGAAUGCGCGUCUCCGCGAGCUUCUUCGCCGCGUUGGAGAGCGUUCCCGCAUCCAGCAGGCUGAGAUGGCUGCACAGAGCAGCCGGUUAUAUUCUAUGUCGCGGGAGUGGAAGGAGGAUGAGGAACUGGCGGAGUUCCUUUAG